AUGGAGGGUAACCCCGCGGAGCACGAUGAGGCUGUGUCUCAAUUCUGUGCUAUGACUGGAACUCCGGCAUCAGAGGCCAAGGAAUAUCUUGCUGCCAAUGGGUGGGACAUCGAAGCUGCCGUCACAGAGUUCUUUACGGAGCAGGACGAAGUCUUGGAAGAUAUGGGCACUCGUGGCGAGCGACAAAUAGGCACAGAAGGUAGUUCUGGAGCUCCUGCGGGGGGUAGAACUCUCGGGGGAGGUGCUGUACCAGCUUCAUCGUCUGCCGCAGCUGGGUCUUCAUCAUCCACCCGGCGCACAGCACCCAAGAAGAAGUUUGCAACACUGGGAGAUUUUGCGUCAGGAGGAGGCGGCGGUGGUGAUUCGUCCGAUGGAAACGAAAGCGACGACCAUGACCAUGACUUCUUCACAGGUGGUGAAAAGUCUGGACUAGCUGUGCAGAACCCGGAUGACUUGAAAAGGAAGAUCCUCGAAAAGGCCCGCAAGGCGCAGCCUCCUCCUUCGGACGACGCCGUGCCAAGGGCAUCACAUUUCACCGGAACUGCCCGCACACUCGGUGGUGACGAUACGCCAAGUCAAGUGAUUGAAAGCCCAUCAGCCCCUACUCAACAGCGUGCCCAGCGUGUUCAACGGACUCUUCAUUUCUGGGCUGAUGGAUUUUCCGUUGAUGACGGUGAACUGUUUCGAUCGGACGACCCCCGCAAUGCAGAGAUCCUGGACGGCAUUCGCCAGGGCCGCGCCCCUCUUUCCAUCAUGAAUGUUCAACCUGGGCAGGAAGUCGAUGUGGAACUCAAGCAGCAUGAAGAGAAGUACACCAAGCCCAAGCCCAAGUGGAAGCCCUUCUCGGGUUCUGGACAGCGCCUCGGCAGCCCAACUCCUGGCGUAGUGAGCCAGGCCCCCACACCUUCAUCUUCUACAGCUGCAUCAUCUGCUCAGGAGCCACCGAAGCCCACCGUGGACGAAUCACAACCUACGGUUACCCUACAAAUUCGCCUAGGAGAUGGUACGCGGUUAACAUCUCGGUUUAAUACCACCGCCACCAUUGGUGAUGUCUAUGCAUUCGUUGCUGCUGCUACCCCAGAUGGCGCAAACCGUGAGUGGGUCUUGAUGACGACCUUCCCCAGCACAGAGCUCAGGGACUGGGACGCCGUUCUUGGCGAUAUGCCGGAUUUCAAACGUGGAGGUGUCGUUGUCCAGAAGUGGAAGUAA